AUGCUGUCGCUGGGGGAGAGAGUCAAGCGUUACCUGACGUUUGCUUCAGGGAUCUUCGAGUGUAUUGGCUUCGCUGGUGCCAUCUUUGGCUGGGCCUCGCUGGUCUUUGUGCUGAAGGAGGAGGGCUAUUUCUAUAACCUCUGUGUCUCGCCGCACAAUUCCAGCGAACCUGGAGGCAGUAAUGGCACAGUGGACUGUUACCUCCAAGAUGAACGUUUUGCCCUCAUCUUUACCAUGGCUUCAUUCAUGGACAGUUUCACCACCCUCCCUGGUGGCUACAUCUUUGAUCGCUUUGGCACCAUGCCGGCUCAGUUCAUGGCCAUAUCCAUGUACACCACGGGAACACUGCUGGUCGCCUUCUCUACAGCUGCGUCCGCCGUGCUGCUAUUCCCUGCCGCCUGCCUACUCGCUGUGGGAGGAGGGACUUUCUACAUCUCCAACAUGCAGAUUGGAAAUCUGUUUGGAGAUCGACGGUCCACAGUGAUCACUUUGUACAAUGGAGCCUUCGCUUCCUCAUCCUGUGCAUUUCUGCUCGUUAAAGUUUUGUACCAGGCUGGUUUCUCAGUGAGAUCUAUUUUCUUGUUCAUCAGCUCAAUGAGCAUUGUCCACGUGCUGCGUGUCUUAUUCCUCCUCCCCCGGAAAAAUAUCCCUUAUCCUCUACCAGAGGAUUACACAUACGGAAUCACCUGCAAGAGAUUUGGGUCAGACUCAUCGUCCUGUGAAGAGGAGACUGCAAGGCAGAUGAAGCCUUUGCGUGUAGAAAAUGAGGCAGACAGAGAAAUGGACAAGAGGUCCGAAAACAAACAGUGGGAGGUGGAAGAGAAAGAAGAAAAGAUGGAGCCGACUGAUCACUUUAAUAUCCAAACCAAAGCCUCAACAGGGACUGAUGUGAAGAUGGACAAAGUCCGCUCGUUCAGAAGUUGCAUCUUCUCCAGACUCUUUGUCACUCACCUGAUGUGGAUUUCCGUCCUGCAGCUCCGACACUACUUAUUCAUCGGCACCCUGAACCCCAUGCUCAUGCUGAUGUCCAAUGGUGAUACCACAGAGGUGAGCAAGUAUACAAAUGCAUUCGCCCUCACACAGAUCUGUGGUUUUUUCUGUGCUCCCUGGAAUGGGAUAGUGUUGGACUGGCUGCAACAAACAGACAAAACCUCCAAAGCUGGAACAAGAGGGUGUGUAGAACGAUUGGCUGGCAUGAGGUCAGCUGUGGUUUCCCUCAUUAUCACCAUCACCCAAUGUGUCCUGUUCUCGAUAUCGGCAACUAUUCCCAUCCUGGAGGUUCAGUACAUGUCCUUUAUCCUACAAGUGAUCAACCAUUCCUUCCUAUACGGGGGAGAUGCUGCAUUCAUCAGCAUUGUGUACCCCUCCUGUCAUUUUGGGAAAAUCUAUGGCGUGGGACAGACUCUCUCAGCAUUUAUUUCGCUGCUUCAGUACCCUUGCUUCGCACUGAUCCAGGGACCCUUGAAUAAUGACCCUCUUUUUGUGAACAUUGGAUUCAUUGUUCUGGUAAUCCUAACCUACACACAUCCCUUAAACCUGUACCUGCACUGGCGACAGGAACUCCAACAAAGCAGAACAAAACAGAAUCCCCAAGUUGGGGUCAAAAUACAGGGAGAUGAGCUGACGAAGGACACAGAUGUCUGA